AUGGACGGAGAGCCGUACAUCGCUUCGAGGUUUGCGGCGUCAUUGAGAAGGAAAAUGUCCAAGGAGAUGGUCCUCUCUCUGGCCCUCCCUCACCGCCAACUGGACAUAUUUUCGAUCACAUACAGAGGCUCUCUACAAGGCUCUCAACACUUGAAACGUAUCGUCUUCUACCUCGGAGCUUGCGCAAUUUUGCAAAUCACUGGGAGCUCAUCUAUUUUCGGUAGGAUGUAUCAUGAUGAGAACCCAACAAGCACACUCUUUGAUGUCUGGUGGCCAUACAUCAUCCAAGGCAGUCGCUUCGGAGAGUACGAUCAGCUAUGGUCAUCAAAUGUAAACAUCUCAUCAGCGGAUAAACGAUUGUUCCCGCCCGCAGCGAUGGUUGCCGCUCAAACUAUGUUCGCGGGUCGAGUGAACGACACCCGCUAUCCUGGUUUACAGGGACGACUCAUACACGACACUACCAAUCUGGAAAUGGACUCCCGACUCACACCGUUAUCACCAGCUCAAGUUUUCUUCCAACCUUGGGUAUUUCCCGCAAGUUCUACAAACAUCGGACAUCAUCAAGUCAUCAUGGUCAUUGCAACGCAGAGGAAUCAGUCCCUGCUCACCGAUGUCAACAAUAGCUUGGGUAAUCUACUCAACUUCACCACAUCUCCAGACGAAACAAGCUGCUUCGAAGAUCUAUGCCACGCGUAUAUCCAAGCAAUAGGUUGCACGUUGACGAGCCAGAAUUUGACGGCUACGAUCGAUACUCAAAGCCGCCUGCUCGAUCCACACACAGACGUUAUACAAUUAGAAGGCCCCGAACUUCCGCAUGAUGAUCAUGCAUGGGAUGAAUUCAGUUGGGAGGACUCAACAAAUUUAGCUGGCAUCGAUAGACAGUUCCUCCUCGCAUUUUCUCCUACUUCGUUCUACAAUAACACUUUGACUUCGGACGAGUCGGAUAUAUCGAUUCCUCUACCGGUUGGGAACCCUGAACAGAUCCUGUCAAAAAUGCUCGAUGGUGAUCUCUUCAGUCCAUUCGCGGGAACCUCCAACUCCAUUUCAAACGCCAAUUCUCUAGUCGAAUUCCAAGGCUCUCUGGAGCGGUUGUAUGCUAGCUACCUCUGGAACAUCAACCGCCUCUGUUCGCCAUUUGACUCACUCCAGCCUUAUUGGGAGUACUGUGGUCAAUACUGGGAUGAGCCGUAUAGCUCCGCUGACCUUGUAUUGGAGUUGCCACUCUCGACAGGAUUGACAAUCGUAUUUUGGAGAGCGAUUGUCAGUGUUGCAUGUAGCGUGAUCAUGUUGUUGCUGGGCUUUGCGAUUUUGGGGACAGCUGUGGAUCGGGAAAGGAAUAUACCACCCCAGGGUCAGGGAUUCUUAAACACAGCCCGUCUUUUGAAGGGAUCCACUAUUCCUGAGCUCGUAGCGGGAAAGGCGCUGACGGUGAAGACGUCGCGGAACCCUGAACCAGAAAUAUUGGAAGCAGUAUUGACUCAUCGCUUGAGGCACCAUUCUAAGGACGGUUCAGCAGGAGGUUUCUUGGAUGUCGAUGAUUGA